AUUGCGGUGAAACGGAGCAUCCCUUUCCUUUCAGAGUUUACAAGUAUUUAUAAGGGAGCCAGCACUUUGCUUCCUUCAGAUCACAAAACCAACCUGCCUGACAACUUCAACUAACAGGCGUCGCGGGAAAAGAUGUCUCACCUACUAUUUGCCAUACUUUCAUUACUUUCCUUUGCUGCCCUUUUGGAAGCCCAGUGGAAACUGAGAGAGAACGUGUAUGUCAUAGAAUCUGAGUGGAAUGAUGAGACACCAGCUAAAAAAUUGGAGCUCACCUGUAACACAUCCGAUGAAGCACUGCCAGUUUACUGGAAAAAGGGCACAGAACUGAAAGGAACUGGAAGGACUCUGAUUGCUGAAGUGAAAGAGUUCCCGGAUGCUGGCAACUACACCUGUCUGACAGCUAAUACCCAUGAAGUUGUCAGCUACGAUUUCUUCCUCAUAAGUAAAAUAGACUCCAACGGGCAAAUGAUAAGGUCAAUUCUGAAAAGUUAUAAAGAGCCAAACAGGACGUUUUUAAAAUGUGAGGCAAAGAACUACUCUGGAAUUUUCAUGUGUUCAUGGAUGACAGAAAAUGAGAGUCCAAAUGUGAAGUUCACAAUCAGAAGUCUUAAAGGCUCUCAUGGAGAUGUCACCUGCAGCAGCCCUGUAGCUCACACUGAUAAAUCAGUGACUGAAUACACAGCCCAGUGCCAGAAAGAAAACUACUGUCAAUUUGCUGAAGAGCACCAGCCAAUUGAGAUGUUCCUGGAGGUCAUUGAUGAGGUGGAAUAUGAGAACUACACUAGCAGCUUCUUCAUUAGAGAUAUCAUAAAACCUGAUCCACCCCAAUGUCAGUAUGCAGGCACAAAUGGAACAGUGACCUGGACGUAUCCCAGAACAUGGAGCACACCAAAGACCUACUUCCCUUUGACUUUCAAGGUCAAAGUUGAACGUAGAAAGAAACAAGAAAAGCAGGAUUAUGACACUGAUGAGCAGUCUAUUCAGAUUCCAGUGAUUGGGCCAAAAGACAAGAUCUCUGUGAAGGCCAGGGAUCGCUAUUACAACUCAUCCUGGAGUGAGUGGUCUUCACUUUGCAGGUAA